AUGGACACAGCUGACUCCGUGGCGUGCAAGAGACCACAGUUUCCACCACUCUCUGGCGAUCAACUCAGAGGACCAGAUGAGAUGCGUAAAAUUGCAGUGCCAGCUCACAGAUAUACCCCCUUGAAAGAGAGCUGGUUAAAAAUAUUCACCCCUAUUGUUGAGAAUCUACAUCUCCAAGUCAGAUUCAACUUGAAAACUAGACACGUCGAAAUCAAAACGUGCAAAGAUACACAGGACAUUAGUGCUCUGACUAAAGCAUCUGAUUUUGUAAAAGCAUUUGUUCUCGGAUUUCAGGUAGAAGAUGCCUUGGCUCUCAUCAGAUUGGAUGAACUUUUCCUAGAGAGUUUUGACGUCACAGAUGUGAAACCUCUAAAGGGAGACCACUUAUCACGAGCAAUUGGGAGAAUAGCAGGGAAAGGUGGAAAAACUAAAUUUACAAUUGAAAAUGUGACAAAGACACGUAUUGUAUUAGCUGACACAAAAGUUCACAUAUUGGGGUCUUUCCAAAACAUCAAGAUGGCAAGAACAGCCAUUUGUAAUUUGAUAUUGGGAAGUCCACCUUCAAAGGUCUAUGGCAAUAUCAGAGUGGUGGCCAGCAGGACAGCAGAGCGAUUCUGA